AGUGGCACAGACACUCGCGGAGACGGAGAACAUUCAACUUAAUACCACAUCGUCUGCAGCGGCGAGCUUAAACACGACACAGCAAAUGCAGAAUCUGCACCUCUGCAACUCUACUAGAGGCUGCAGUCCCGCCUCUCCCAAUGCAGCUAAGCGCCUCUACCGCAACCUGUCCAACAAGUUCAAAGGGAGCCACUCGUCUUUCGAAGAAGUGAGCCAGGCCACAAGGACAGAGAAGGGGCAGCUGAGGGUUGCCUCACUGAACCUACACUGUAACGAGGCACUAUUCGAGGCAGUGGGGCAGCAGGAUCUUCAAGCCGUGAGCCUGCUCCUGAGUCACUACAGUCAGGAUGAGUUGGAUCUCAACACUCCCAACAGUGAGGGGCUGAUGCCGCUGGAUAUUGCUGUCAUGACCAACAGCGUUCCAGUAGCUCGCAUCUUACUGCAGGCAGGCGCCGUGGAGAGUCCACACUUUGACUGUCCAGAGAGCAGAGUCUCACACCUAAGUGGGCUGAUCGAGGAGGCACAAGAGCGAGUGAGUGAACUGACAUCACAGGUGCUGAGAGAGGCAGACAGCGCUGGCGUAGAACAACAGAAGCAGCUCACAGCCUGGGAGUGGAGAUACCGGCUGUACAAACGGAUGAAGACAGGGUUUGAGCUUGCACGGGUCCCAGAUGCUCCCACCAACGUGCGAUUGUCUGUAACAAGCAGUACUUCAUUGAUGGUCACCUAUCAGGAACCACUGAGUGCUAACUCUGCUGUCAUCACCAGAUACAAAGUGGAGUGGAGCAGCAAGAUGGAUUUCUCAGCCCAGUCUGGAGAGAUGAUAGUGGAAGUUCCUGACUCCAUGAGAUGUAUAAUCCCACGCCUCAGGACGGGCCAGAUGUACUACGUCCGAGUGUCAGCAGCAAACAUGAAGGGCUGGGGACGCCCGCAGACUGCGAGCCCGCAAUACGCCAUCCCAUCCAACUGGAAGGAGGUGGACGGGAGGAAGCCGCGUGUUCGGGGGCAGGUCCAGCAGCUGCAAAGCCUGCUGCAGACAGAGCGGGACCGACACUGGCUCCACGGGAUCACAGAAAACAUCAAGCAUCAAAAUGCGAGCCGGAAGCAGUCAGUGUCCAGAAGUCUGAAACAUCUCUUCCAUUCCUCAAUCAAGUUUGUGAAGACAUUAAAAAGAGGCGUUUACAUUGCUGCCAUCUUCUACCACGAGGACCAUGUGCUGGUAACUGCUGAGGAUCAGUUCCCAAUUGUGGAGGUUGACAGUGUCCAAUCCAGCUUCCUGACACAGGAGUUUCUCUGGUUCACUAAGCUGUCCUGUGCGUGGGAGGAAGUUGAGUGGUUACGGCAGAAUCUAUCAGUGUCCACAUCCUCCUCCACAGUGCUGCAGGCACGUCACAGGAUACUAACCGCAGCAGCUCAGCUACAGUCAUUACUGGGCAUGCAAGACCUUGGCAGAGUUUACUUCGAGCCCCUCAAGGACCGACAUGGCAAUGCACUGCUGGUGACGGUGAAGGAGCUGAGUGCUCAGAGCUCAUGGGCCGGCGGCCGCUGGAUCCCCUUCUGCAGGGUUCAGAGCCACAGGAAGUCAGUGUCAACUCCAGAACAACCAACCGCGCUGGACAUGUUGCUUAUCACCAUGCAGGAUAUCUUGUCCUAUCAGAAGCGGAGUGAGCAGCGGCUGAGCCCGGGGCUGUACCUGGGCUACUUGAAGGUGAGCAGUUCCGUGGACCAGAUCAAGGUGUUGGUGCCGUCCGCACUGCCUAAUGUCCUGUGCCACGUGAAGGUGCGACAAAACAGCAAUGUGUCCAGGGAGGAGUGGCAGAGCCUGAAGGACAUGUCGAGAAACAGGGAUCCCAGCUGCACAGACCACUCACUCGCCCCCACGCGGCAGUGCCCACUCUUGGUGACCGAGCUGCAGGCUGCAGUCAGAGCACUCCUGAGGCAGCUCAACCUGCCCCUGCACCAGGCGGAGGAGUUCCGUGUGUUCACACAGGAGGUGCUGGAGUUGGGUCACAAUGUCUCCCUGCUGCUGCUCCUGCCCCCUUCUGCCUCAGUGUGCACUGCUCCUGGGCAACCCAGCGCCAACCUUCCUGACUCCAGCUUCCUCAAGCUGCCCCUGCAGAUGUUCGAGUUGGUUCACUUCUGUACCUACCAGGAGGACUUCAUGGGGCUGUACUGCCGGGUGUCGGCUCUGUUGGAGAUCAGCUCUCUCGUUUCUCAGCAGGCCCUCAGAGAGGCCAUUUCGGAUGAGGAGCUUAUUUCAGCCAAGCAGAGGGAGCAUGAGGUGUCAGAAUCUCUCCAGCAACUGGAUGGAUUGUGGCGGGAGGUGCGCUGGAUUAUGGAUGCCCUGACGUACGCGCGCUACAAACGCCCCUCCGGGAGUCUCCCCAUCACCUGGCUCAUGGAUACAUCAGAGAAGGUGCUUCGGGUGAAUAAUGACUGCCUGCCCUCGCCAGAGAAUCAUCAGGGGAGAAGUGUCAGCGGGAAGGCCUCACCAGCUGUCCCAGACUGGCGGCCCGGUUCCGAUGACGACAGCAGCUCUGAUGUCUUCCUGCCGACUGACAGCGACUGUGACUCUGGUGAGACACUCAGCCCGAGGGAACCCGACCUGCUGACCGUAACUUCACGUCACUUCAGCCAGCGGCCAGCUCACCGUCUGAAUGGCAUCGCUCCGGACAUCCUGCGGCUGAGGGAGCAGAGUGAGGCGGCGGGCAGCAUCCGAGGAUCUGAGAACAAUGUUCGGGAAUCGGAGCCUGGUGUCCGAUGUUCGGAUGUCAAUGUUCUGGGUUCGGAUUCCAGCGUCUGUAGGUUGGAGCUCGGUGUUCUUUGUUCAGACUUCGGUGCCCUGGGAUCGGAGCCCAGGGUCUGUGGGACGGAGUCCAGUGUUUGGUGUUUGGACAUCAAUGUCCCAGUGUCAAAGCCCAGUGUCCAGGGAUCUGACAUCAGUGUCCUGGGAUUAGAGCCCCCUGCCCGGGAGCCAGCAGGUAGCAAUGACCCUCAUUCCGCUUCCGGCCGCCGGGCACACUUCAGACAAGGCUGCUUGCAGCUGCAGCGGGCUGGGCCACCCCCAGGUUUGUCUGAAGGCGUGUACACACCGAGGCUCAGCCCUCCACUCUGCCCAGAAACCUGCCUGGGGCAACUCAGCGGCACCAGCACACUGCAGGCCGAACUGGAUCGGCGCGAAAAGUUAGAGGUGGAGCAGCUGAGUGUGUCUCUUGGCCCCGACUCCUUCAGCAGUGUCCUGUAGUGGGGCAGCGAGGAGCAGACAUCCCUUUCACCCCCACCACCACCACCGCCAUCGUCAAAUAGCCCGCUGGCCUGGGCUCAUCUUCUAACCCCUCUGCCCCCUCCAUCCCUGGCCUGAACAUCGGGGCAUGAUCCUUAGAUUGACGUGGGGUGAUGGGCUACUUCUGCUCACUACAAGCCUCGACCGUAUCUGCUUGAGGAAACACAGUCACAGGAGUUGGCGGAAACCUCCUCCAUCACAUUCACAGCAUCCCCACUUCCUUGCACCCAGAUGGUGCACCGUCAAACAGCCGCACCUUCCCCCCCAACUAACCCCUCAGGCGUGCAUUCCGUACACCCUCCAAGUGAGCACAGUCUUCCUCAGAUCCCCUCUGUGUGCCCACCCCCCCCACGCUGGGGAUAGUUGACGCAGGUAAACUGCAAAGGCCAGGAAUCACCAGCUCCCUCACCAUCACAAACACUUUCUUCUUGUUGACUCCAUGAUUUGAAUGUUUGGAAUUCCACCUACUUUAGGACUGUAAUUGGAAAAUGUAAUAUGUCCUGCCCUUGCAACUGAUCUACAUCUGUGUUGGACUUCAGUUCCAUGGGAACCGCUGCUGAUGGGAAGCAAGCUCAAGUGUAGACAUCUCCAAGGAAAGUCUUCAGGAACAUUCUACAAACUAGCAACAGAGAAAAACUUGCAGGCAAUGUUGACCUGUAAACGUAAAGGCUUGGUUCUGUUUCUCUCUACAUCUUUCAGUUGACAGUCUGCUGUCCCAGUUUACAAAGGACAGACGUCAGUGUGUGUUCACAUCCACCUUUGCACAGAAUCAAAAUGUUUCUGGUCAGUCUUGUAUCAACUAAUUUAACAUGAGGAACUUGUGGGCCUCUGUUAGUCUCGAUAGACCAUGGACUUGCGCCUUGGAAAGCUUCCAGGAUGCAAGCCUGGGCAGGGUUUUUUUUUAAUGGAAGACUGGCAGUUGCCCAUGUCCCCUCUCCACGGCACCGAUGUUGUCCAAGGGAAGGGCAUUAGGACCCAAACAGCUUGGCACCGGUGUCGUCGCAGAGCAAAGUGUGGUUAAGGGCUUUGCUCAAGGACACACACGCAGCCUCAGCCUAGGCUCGAACUAGCGACCUUCAGAUCACUAGAUGAACGCCUUAACUACUUGGCCAUGCGUCAACACAUGAGGAACUAGAGGUCAUUGGUUAUGGGUGAAAGGUGAAAUAUUUAAGGGGAACCUGAAGGGGGCUUCACUCAGAAGGUGGUGAGAGUGUGGAACAAGCUGCCAUUGGAAGUGGUUCAACUGGAACAUUUAAGAGAAGUUUGGAUAAAUAUGUGAAUGGGAGGGGUAUGGAGGGCUAUGGUCAAUGGGACUAGAUAGAAUAACAGUUUGGCAUGGAUUAGAUGGGACAGAGGGCCUUUCUCUGAGCUGUAGGUAUCUUUGAUCAUAACGUGGAAGCUGCUUUUCUGGGCAACAUAGCUGGUGGUAGGCGAAUGGAAAGGAGAUGGAGAGUGGGGGACAGGACAGAGAUGUUGGAGUAGGAGGGGUGGUGUGGACCAGUCACUGGGAACUCUGGAAAACUGCUGUCGCUAGAACCCCCUUUCCCUCUGUCUCUGGAACUGUAGGUCACCAGAUACGCAGAGCCUUGGAGAUCUCAUGCAGUAUACAGAAACUACUGGAGGAGCUCAGUAGGUCAGGCAGUCAACAUUUUGGGCUGAGACCCUUCAUCAGGACUGAUCAUGGGUUUUCAUCAUGAAUCCUGGUGAAGAAUCUCAGCCCGAAAUGUCAACUGUUUAUUUCCAUCCAUAACUGCUGGCUGACCUGCAGAGUUCCUCCAGCACAUUGUGUGCAUUGCUCUAGAUUUCCAGCAUCUGCAGUACACUUUGUGUUUAUGGUCUGGUGGGUCUGCGUUAUAGACCCCUGGUUGGUGAGGCUGGACUUUCUGUAGGAAGGGUUGGAGGAAUAAAGGGACAAGUGUUGGACAAGUGUGUGUGUAGAGGGGGUGUGGAGGACAUAGGGGAGGGUGUGGAUUACCUGACAUUGGAAAAAUCAAUGGGUACUCGUCAUAAGCAGAUAUAAAGUGAUGCAUUUUGUGUGUGUUGCUUGGAUUUCCAGCAUCUACAGAUUUUCUCUUGUUUGAGAUAUAAGGUGAUGUUUGUUUGGCUUCUCUGUACCAAUGGUGAAGGUUGCAGACUGCUAGGUUGGUGUGAGGUUGGGGAGAGAGUUACCACAGGCACCACUUAGAAGGGGUGAAUCCAUGGAAGGCAUCAGGUCCAGAUGGUAUACUUGGCCGCGUACUAAAGAUCUGUGCAGACCAACAUGCUGGAGUCUUUACGGACAUUUUCAGUUCUUGCUUCUGAGGUCUUGGGCUUCUGUCUGCUUCAGAAAGAUAUCUAUUAUACAAGGGCCCAAGAAAGGCACGAUAACCUGAUCGGUGGUACUUACUGUGACUGUAAUGAAGUGCUUGGAGAGUGUGGUUACGGAGCAAAUCGACCCCGGCAUUAGUGAUGACCUGGAUCUGCUUACCAUCAUGGCAUGUCCUCUGCUGAUGCGACUUAUGUGGCGCUUCUCUCUGUUCUGAGAUAUUGGCACCCAGGAACAUGAAAUUCACCCUUUCCACUUGGUGAGGACUGGUGUGUGUCCCCUCAACUUCCCUCCCUGAAGUCCACAAUCAGUUCUUGGGUCUUAUCAUGUUAGUGUAAGGUUACUUUGUGACACCACAUAAUCCAGGACAUUGCCUCUUCUCAUUGUUAGCAUCAAGGAGGAGGUACAGGAUCCUGAAGACUCACACUCAAAUAUUUUAGGAACAGUUUCUUCCCCUCUGCUAUCAGAUUUCUAAACCCACGAACCUACCUCAUUAUUUCUCUUUUGCAAUAUUACUUACUUUUUAUUAUAAUUUCCAGUAAGGUUUUAUGUCUGCCACAAAAAUACAAAUUUCAGAUUCACGCUAGUUAUAAUGAAGCUGAUUCUGAUUUUGAGAUCCCAGUUGAUAAGUUUUGUUAACAUCAUAAGACUGCAAGACACAGGAGGAAAUUAGGCCAUUCAGCCCAUUGAGUCUGCUCUGCCAUUUCAUCAUGGCUGAUCCCGAUCCUACUCAAUCCCAUGGACCUGUCUUCUUGCCAUCAUCUCCUCUCAUCCACACAGGUUCCUGAAGGUUGCGCACUUUGCUCCCUGCAUGCAUGACUGUGUGGCCAAGCACAGCAUCUUCAAAUUCAAACACAUCACCGUUGCUGGUGGUGGCAAGCCAGCAUAUGAGACAGAGAGCUUAGGCCAGAGACAAUAUUGCUCAAUGCCAGUAAAACCAAAGAUAAUGGUUGUCUUCAGGAAGGGGAAGGAAGGUGAACACACA